AUGACAGAUUCAUUCUCACGAUAUCUCUUUGGGUCUUCUAGCGACGCUAGUUCUGCUCGUCAUGAAACAGACACCAACGUCACCAACACAUCUCAAACUCUCUAUAUCGGUCCAUCCACGACAAACCCCAACCUUUCCGUCGUGCAAUAUGAGGGCACUCCACAAAGUACACCACCGUUAUAUUCCAUUGCCCCCCACGCCAUGUUGCCAGGCAUGUUCAUCGUCUACCGCGGCCUUCCCGAUCCCACCGGCCAGACGGGUCCCAUUGGCCACAUCAAAAGCAGCUCGGAACAUUCAGCGGAGCUAAACCUGCGCGGAUGUGCCAUGAAGCUUAAAAUGAGCCAACUAACCGGCGACUAUUCCAUUACCGGCACGCCGAUGGGCAAGCUGAAGUGGAAGGCCAACGCACUCACCGGGUGCUCAUCUCUCACACUGUGCGACAGCCAUGGCAAGAAGCUGGCCAAGACGAAGACGAAGAAAGCCGGGCUAGGCGAUCAGAAGAUUGAGAUGCUAGUUCUGUAUGAUGAGAUGGUGGUUGAGAUUGCCGUGUUGACGGCGUAUCAGACUAAGGUCAUUGGGGAGCGAGUGGUUAGCACGGUCCUAGAGGUAGUACAAGCCAUGGCUGGGACUUAG